UUGCACGCACGUAGCGGAUGAGCUGAUGCUAUAUACUUAUAUACAUACAUACGUGUAUUAAUACAUAAAUAAAUAUGAAAGAAACGUGCUAAUCUAGAGUGCCGUGUGUCACGUGUAUUCGGAGAUAAAUUAAUAUUAAUAAAUUGUUUUAGAAAUUAAUUAUAGAAUAUGCAUUAAAAAAUGUAAUCAUCUAAAUAACGUGUGAAAAUAAAAUAUAAUAAGUAUGCAGCAUAAAACCAACAAAACAGCAUAGAGGUGAUUACACCUCACUACUACACACUAUUAAAACGUGAAAUUUUGCACCGAUUCGCAAAAAUAAUUCUUUAAGCGGUGCGGUGGUUUCCUUCCGCCUCACAGUCGGGUAUACAUAUGUGCAUGUCGGAGAAAUACAGCUAAAAGUUAAGUGACGGCUAAGGGGAAUAGAAAACAACAAAAUCUCAACUAAACCAAAACACAGUAAAACAAAAACAAAAUGGGGCGACAGCUGCCGGCUUAUGCGCUCGCGACGCUAUUCUGCUUAGUGUUCAUAGCGAAGGACGCUGUCUGCGAAGGGCCACACGUUGACUCUGCAUCGUUACCGCUCGAACAUAGAGCCGUUUAUGGUCCACCAGCACCAUCGCCCGUAUACGCCGCCCAACAAGGCCCCAUACCCGCAGGAGUUAGCAACGAAAUCUCCGACGAUGCUUGGCCGCUCUCCGCCACCAAUGAUAGUCCACAGAUUAAACAUUUGCAGGUGCAGUGCGAAAAGACGCAUAUGCGUGUGAACAUCGAAUUCGAUCGUCCCUUCUAUGGCAUGAUCUUUUCGAAGGGCUUCUACAGUGAUCCACACUGUGUGCAUCUGAAACCCGGCACCGGCCACUUGAGCGCCACCUUCGAGAUCUUUCUCAACAGCUGCGGCAUGACGAGUUCAGCCAAUCACAAUGCAGCGGGUUAUGGUGCGCCUACGCCCUCAGGUAGCUAUGUGGAGAACACCAUCAUCAUACAAUAUGAUCCGUAUGUGCAAGAGGUGUGGGAUCAGGCUAGAAAAUUGCGUUGCACAUGGUAUGAUUUCUACGAAAAAGCAGUCACAUUCCGACCAUUCCAAGUCGAUAUGUUGCAUGCUGUGACCGCAAACUUUUUGGGCGACAAUCUGCAAUGUUGGAUGCAAAUUCAAGUGGGCAAAGGACCGUGGGCCUCCGAGGUGUCGGGCAUUGUGAAAAUUGGUCAGACAAUGACUAUGGUUUUGGCUAUUAAGGAUGAUGAAAACAAAUUCGAUAUGUUGGUGCGCAAUUGUGUGGCGCAUGACGGUAAGCGUGCACCCAUACAAUUGGUCGAUCAGAAUGGCUGCGUUGUGCGUCCGAAAAUCAUGAGCAAAUUCCAGAAGAUCAAGAACUUUGGCCCAUCAGCAUCGGUUGUCAGUUUCGCAUACUUCCAGGCCUUCAAAUUCCCUGACUCAAUGAAUGUGCACUUCCAGUGUGUGAUACAAGUGUGUCGCUACAAUUGCCCCGAACCGAAGUGUGGACCUGGACUACCAGGUGGUGAGUAUGGCGUACCACAAAUCGGCAACAAUGCGCUUUCAGCGGAAUAUGGCGCACCCGAAGCCUACGAACGCAACGAUUAUCCACUGGGUGGAGGCUUACCGCCAGCGGCCUAUCCAGAUCCACGCCACCAAGCUGCUGACGCCGCCGGUGCCUACUCGGAAAAUCAACCGGAUGUAGUGCCUUCACCGCAAGCGCAAACAGCCGGUGUGACAACACCCGAAUCUGGACUACCAAGCUCACAGGCGACGCCACAGAGUGCAAACGAGUUGCAUAUGCCACCACCACCACUGCCGGGCCAACCCGGCCAGUACAGCACUGUAAAGCGAAAGGAUGACAUCGAAGGUGGUAAUCUGGUGUCGCUGGGUGGACGACCACGUUCGGUUGAAGGACUCGAUGACUUGCGUGGCGUGCGUAGACGACGUGAUACGAUAGAUAUUGUGAUGAAACCAAGGAUUUACAAGCGCGACACGCAAGAGAUGACCGACGUCAAUACAAGUCGUACCAUACAGGUGGUGGCGCCGGGCGAUGUCAACUUUGCGCUCAACAAUAAUGCCAACAACGAGACCGUAGUUAUACAAUCGGCACGAUCUGCUGAUCCUGAGACGAUUUGUAUGUCGGUGCCGAGCUUUGUCGGUGGCCUGGUAAUGCUGUUGUUGGUGCUAGCUGUAGCAUCUCUAGUCGCUGCAUUCCUCUUUGUGCGAGUACGGCAUUUCGAUCGCAAGGGUGCCUCUAUGGCGUAUGUUAAUUGAAA